CAAGAAUGGUUUGUAAACUAGUAGCGGACUAACGGUUCUUUUUGGACCGACAAACGUUUUUCCCUUUUUUUAAUGGAUACUUUGGCCAGUUGUUUAUUGCAAGUUGUACUCGAGAUAAAAGAAGGUAACGGAUUUGGAUUUCUCAGCAACCCUUUGGUGAUAGUUGCAGCUUUAAGUGGAAACAAACUAGAAAGCGCGCAGAUCAACUCAUCGAUAUACCCACAGUUCGACACACAAUUACUUUGGCAGACAGAUAAAAAAUACUUACGAAGGUUAAGAACAGGAAACACAGCAUUGAAAAUAGAAUGUUUUAAUGUUAUUAAUGAACAUAAAAGAGACCGGCUAGGAUAUAUUUUAUUAAACCUAAAAGAAGCACAAAUUAUACCAAGAGGAAGUGGAAUACCAGUAUUAGAAACUUGGCAUAGGCUUCUUGGUUUAAGAAACGAAGCAAAAGCCCAUAACCCUGAGCUUCUUCUUAUUUUCAAAAUAGAAGAAGCUCAUGAAAAAGAAUUUAAUGAAAGACAACUUCCUAAAGAAUCUACUUUGCCUAAACAAGAAGUAACAAUGGCUAAAGGAGACACCAUGGUGUUGGACUACCGUUCUGGCUCCUGUUUAGAGAUCGGACCAUCUGAUGGCGCUGAACUUUUUGAACUUAGUGUCAAAAUUUUCGAGGCUGGAAAUUUAUACUCUGUUAUACCACAUAGUGAUUUAGGAACACCAAUUCAUUUUCAAUACUCAAUCAUGGGGACAUCAUUUGCCACUGACAACAUUGAUUCCGAUGGGACUACAAUCGAUGGGGCGAUACUUGAGUUGAAAGCCCAGCCUGAUUUUCUCUGUGCAUACUUCAGAGAUUUUCCCCAUUUAAUUUUUAACUUAUAUUGCGGAGAAAAAGUUAUAGGAAUCGCACCAAUGGAUGUUAAGGGGCUAGCAAGUAUUGUUGAAGGGAAAGCGGCUGUUGUCAACUCAAAGAUACUGAUAAAAUCACUUUAUAAAAAAGAAAAUCUUAUUGACUCACUCAGUCCUUAUUUAGAGAUUGAGGUAAAGUUGGCACCCAAAACUCCACCUAAAUUUUAUGUAAAUGAAGCAAAAAGUAUGGACCAAGGACCUAUUGAAUCAGGUUCCUAUAUGAAUGUAUCCUUUACGAAUAAACCCUGUGCUAAUGAUUGCUCAUCCACAGUUUUAACAGGAAGUACUGGUGAUGCAUUGACAUCAGUCGGGCUUGACCCUACAACCGCUGAAAGUGAUGACAGUAAUGCGCAAAUGAGCAAAAAAAUAACUGUGGAGUGGUUUAUGAAAAAGCCGAUUCAGCUAGCGUCUGGUGCACAGAAGGAAUGUAUUACAAUGGAGCCCCAGAAGCUAAAAGAAGUGGAAGAACCAAUUAAAGCGAAGCAUCAUUAUAAAAUUGAAGAAAAGGAUUUUAAAGAGAGUCACAGACUGAGGCAGGAUAUGGACGGUGAUUUCAGAGGGAAAGUAAUUGAUCCAACCUCAACAAAACCAAAUGUUUCAUACAUAAGAUCUUCACCAACCUACUGUGAAACUGGUACUUCCACAAGCCCCCCCAACAUGGGCGUUUUAAGGUCUGGCGUUGGUGAUAUUCUUCCUAGACAGUAUGUUAGGGAGGCAGCUCAUAAAAUAUGUGAAGAACUUGAAGACUGGAAAGAAAAACAGCAAGAAAUCUAUAAAUUUGAGCUGAAUCAAAAAGCAGAGAAACGCUUAAAAAAGCUCUCUUCGGAGUGGAUAAAAAGAAGGACUGAGCUUGAAAAUGAAUUUAAAACAAAAAUAGAAGAAUGCCAAAGUUUUAGAGAUCGCUUGGAAGAAACUCUUAAAGAGCUGGCAACACGGACUGAGGUCUUAAAUAUUAGAGAAGAGGAAAUUUUAAAAGUGAAAGAGGAACUUGAUCGAAAGUACACUAUAAAAUUUCAAGAGUUAAGAAAAGCCUCAAAACUUCAUCAGUAUGAUAUGGAAGACAAGAUAAGUCAGAUCAUAUUGGAGAAAAAUGAGCUUGAAAGACGGUUAGAAAUAAGAGAGAAAGAGUUGGCUCGGUUAGAAGAAAGCCUCAUGACAACAUCAAACAGCCAGAUUUCCAAAUCCCACACAAACGGCUCUCAUAGCGACCUUAAAACUCUCCAGCAAAGCUUAGAACAGGCUUUGCAGUCUAAAGCUUUUUACAAAGAGCAAUGGGGGAAAGCGACAAGGGAGCUGCACAAACUUAAAGAAGAGGAACAGGAAAAAAUAAAAAUUGAGUUUCAGAGGAAUAGAGAAGAAUUGCAAACUCUAGGACUUGUGCAGGAAAUAACUGAUGAGGUUGGUGAAAUGAAAAAAGAUCAAGAUGCCAUAAGGAACAUUCGUAGUCAAAUUGAGAAAGCGUACACUUGAUGCAAAAAUGUAAUGAUGUUAUAUUUGUUGUACACACGGGAGUAAAAUCAUUGUUAAUAAAAAUUUAAAAAUUGUCUGUCAAA